AAAAAAAGCUUUGCAGGGGUGGGAGGGAGGUUCCAGCCUUCCCUUCCCUCCCCAAAGAACCGGGACUGAAAGGAUGAUCUCUGCUGACUUUGGUUGGUUGUUCCUGCAGUCCCUGAUCCGAACAGACCAUGGAACUGCUGUCAGUUGGACAUCCUGAGCGUGUGCCUGGAAAAACCCAAUGUUGACUGUUUUGCUUUCAGGUUUUUACCAGCUUUACUGACGGCGGUGCUGACCAACCACUUGGCCUGGGUGCCCACCGUCAUGCCCAACGGCCAGCCCCCCAUACGCAUCUUCCUGGAGAAGCAUUCUUCCCAGAGCGUGGACAUGUUGGCCAAGACUCAUCCCUACAACCCUCUGUGGGCUCAGCUCGGUGACCUGUACGGGGCUAUCGGAUCACCCGUGAGACUAGCGAAGACAGUUGUGGUGGGCAAAAGGCAUGACCUGGUACAGAGACUGCUUUAUUUCCUUACCUACUUCAUCAGAUGCUCUGAGCUCCAAGAGACUCAUCUCCUAGAGAACGGGGAAGAUGAAGCCAUCGUCAUGCCCGGGACUGUGAUCACCACCACCCUGGAGAAGGGGGAGGUGGAAGAAUCAGAGUACGUGCUUGUCACCAUGCACAAGAACAGGGGCAACCUGCUGCCCACCGAGUCUGAGGACACGAGAACUCCCAACUGCAGCUGUAAAUACUGCAAAUGUCCCGUUUCCCUUGCGCAGAACAUCGAAGGUGUGUCACAGCAGGAGAGGGAAGACGCUCAAAACACCCCUAAGGUGGAGCUGGAAACGUCUUCGGAUGAGAACAGAACUAUUGUUCCUGAGGAGUGCCAGGAAGAUGCUGCUGAGGUGAAGCAGGCGAGACCCUGCCUGGAGACGCCGCUGGAGACGGUGGUGUGCGCGGGCUCGGCCUCGCCGGAGAGACGAGCGGUGCCGGAGUCUGCUCUGGAGCCCACGGCAAACGCCUGGAGGAACGAGGAGUCGCUGGAAUCGGGCAGCCCGGCGGUGGGGGUGACGAGGUCCCCCGGCAUCGCUGUGGAGAAGAAGCCUCCAGACAAGCUCUUCUGCGAGGCCUUCCCUUGCGGCGCCGCCGAGGCGCAGACGAAGGUGACUUUCCUCAUCGGAGACUCCAUGUCACCCGACUCGGACAUCGAGCUCCGGAGUCAGGCAGUGGUGGAACAAAUCACCAGGCAUCACAGCCCGCCGGCCACGCAGGAGGGAGCGCCUGCUGACCCCAACUGUGAAGCCAAACAAAACGUCGAGGACCAAAAUAGAGCCUGCGGGACAGCUGACCCCUUCCCUCCGGUCCCUCCUCAGCAUCAGAGCUGGAACCCAAACCCCUACACCGCCGAGAGCAUGAGUCUGUUUGAUGAGUAUUUUACUGAUGACAGCUCAAUUGAAACCCGGACUAUUGAUGAUAUUCCAGGGCAGGCAGCGACAGACCUCCUUGCUCACAACAGUAGUUUAGAGUUUUCUAAAAAGCUGUGUACAAAGACUGGCAAAGCACCUAGCGAGUUUUGUAAAUUUAUGGACUCUGUUCGACAAGAGACCUACAAAAACUGCUUUAAUGAGCAGGACCAAAGAGAGAGCAUCUCUAUCCGCGUCCCCCAUGGGGACAGAGAAAACGUAGAGAAAAAAGUCGCCCCGGGAAUUGAUUGGGACAUUCCAAGAAAUGAGAGUUCAGACAGUGCCCUGGGUGACAGCGAAAGUGAGGACACGGGUCAUGAUCUGACCAGACCAGGCGGGAACUAUUACGGAGGAGAGCAGGAGGACUGGGCAGAAGAAUACGAGAUUCCUUUCCCUGGGUCAAAGUUAGUUGAAGUGAACUCUGUCCAGCCCAGUAUCGCCAAUUUUGGAAGAUCCUUACUGGGUGGCUACUGCUCCUCCUAUGUCCCCGACUUCGUUUUGCAAGGAAUAGGAAGUGAUGAGAAGCUGAGGCACUGUUUGGUGUCGGAUUUGUCUCAUGCUGUGCAGCAUCCUGUCCUGGACGAGCCCAUCGCGGAGGCCGUCUGCAUCAUUGCAGACACGGACAAGUGGACGGUGCAAGUGGCCAGUAGCCAGAGGCGGAUGAUCGACAACAAGCUGGGGAAAGAGGUGUUGGUCUCGAGCCUGGUCUCCAACCUGCUUCAUUCCACUCUGCAGCUUUACAAGCACAAUCUGUCUCCAAACUUUUGUGUGAUGCACCUGGAGGAUCGGCUGCAGGAGCUGUAUUUCAAGAGCAAGAUGCUGUCCGAGUAUCUCAAGGGCCAGAUGAGAGUUCACGUCAAGGAGCUGGGCCUGGUGCUGGGGAUUGAAUCCAGCGACCUGCCCUUGCUGGCGGCGGUGGCCAGCACCCACUCUCCCUACGUUGCCCAGAUACUGCUUUAAAAUGCCAGAGGCCACAGACAGUGACUUUUUUUUUUUCUCCCCACCCCCCUCUGGAAACCGAGUGGGAAAACAACUUGUUCUGGCUCCUUUCUCUUUGAAGCAAUUAAAACAAACUGCUCCUGGAGCUGCAGCACCUCCUUAUAUGACUGCAAACAGUUGGAGACUUUUCCUCUCCCGCUCGCUCCUUUAUAUAAAAAGGAUAAAGAUAAAACUGAGUUAAGUCCGGGAUCUCAACCACAGAAAAGCAAAGAUUUCAGCAAAAGCUGAAGAUCCGCAUUUUUUACCAGUUUCUGCCCCAGUGGCUGACUCUAAUUUAUAUUGGGAAAUGCACACGGACGAACUGCUUUGAGAACUACCUGAUGCUGGUGGCAAUUAGAGACUUAACGAGGAGGCAGGGGCUUCCGAGCGGCCGCUGCCGCCCAGGAGCUCGUUAAGGGCUGUGCCAUUCUCCAGCGGCGAGGAUUUGUAAACAACUGCUCCUUUUUCACACCACACUCAACUCCUGGAGACUUCCCGGAGGAAGAACAGGGCUUGGGGCCGGGGGGGGGGAGGGUUUGUUUUGUAAAAAGCUUAUUAAUGAUGCUCAGCUCCAAAAUUUAUUAUUUAUGGUCUUUCUCCUGGGGAGAGGGAGGGAGCAGCCGACAGACAGACAGACAGACCAGCCAUGGAGAUUCUCUUUCUGGGCCGGAGGUUGUAACCAGUAUUAAAUGUUUAUAAUGUUUCAAUGUUGCUUUAUACUAAGUGAUGCUUUUCUUCCACAACCUAAUCAAAAUGUUAAGGAAAAAAAAAAAAAGAAACACCAUAACCUAAAGAGAGGGUUGGCUGAGAUUUCCCCCUGGGGUCCCUGCAACGACAUGACCCUUUACCUCUAACUUUUUUAUGGUCUAUAAUGUUCUUGCAACGUCAUGUUCUUUUUUACAGCAGUCAGUCAGUCAGCCAGUGAAAUAACCAACUAGGAAGAAUUGUACCAAAGCAUCGGGGGCAAAAAAAAAAACCUGAAUAGACUAUUACCCUUAAUUGCUCAGGUAACGAAUUGAUAUAUAUUUUUAAAACUGUUCUACAAAAAAAACCCGACCCUUGAUUACAGGAUAGCGAUAGCAAAAUUAUUUUUGGACAAUUCUACCCUUGAUGCAGCUGAUUCUCCUCCCUUUUCUACUCACUCGUGGAAUUACCAGCAGGAAAUGUUGUUUAUUUUAUUCUCAGCAUUUCUCCUUUACCCAGCCCGCGCUGUUUGCUCCCUGUAUAUACAAUAGCUGUAGGAAGGGCUGACGGACCCAAGCUGGUGUCAGUAAUAAUGUAAAUAGACAGGGGUUGGUGGGUGGAUUCUGUUUUCAAAAGGCUCUACUACCUCAGUUUAACUGGACGCUUCAUCACAGGCUUCGCUCCGCGUGUUUGUCCCGGCACCUGGUUCUUGUUGCAGGUUUUUAGGUUCUGUUCACAUCGAUGGCGUUUUAGCCUCUUGGAAAUCGGUGGAUUUAUCCCCAGAAGUAGGAGAUAGAUGUGUGUUCACGUGGUCGCUCAGCUCUAUAAAGGGGUCUAUAAAUAGGCCGUCCUGUAAUCACCUUGUCAGCAGCGUAGCCCGCCUGCUAUUGUUGUUUGCCGAGUUAUUUUAAAUACAAAUCUAUUUUAACCAUUUGAUAAACUCCAGAACAAUAGGAGAGGUCCCUGCCCCGCCGCUGCCAGCCACAGAACCCUCCUCCCUUCCUUCGCUGGGGCCAGGACUUCACCCCCGGUGGGGUUUUUUUUCAGUAAUAUCUCAAAUCCAUGACUGUAGAUGGAUGCAGAUCUCCUCCACAGGCCCUUUCCUGGUGGGACUGAGUCCCCCCCAGCCAGGACACCCCACGUUGGUAGAAGGCAGUGGCACCUGGAACUCUGGUGUGUGUAAAACCCCGCGCUGACUGCUGCAGGGGAGGAACGGGGCUCCAUCUGGGAUCCAAGGGUAGGUUUCUCCCCUGUUCUUCAAACGUCCCUCCUUCGCCACACAAUUCCAUGACGUCUGGCUUUUGGAACGAGCGCAAAAUGGUAGGGGCCCAGUUGUGUAAACACAUUUUUAGCAUGAAAUAUCGGAUUGAGCUCAGAAUAUGAGUUUUUAACUCUUUGCUACGAUCCGGUGCGCGGCCCGUAGUUAUGAUUCUGCCCGAUGUGCAGCAGUGACCCAGUGCUGGCCUGGUGGGACCCAGCACUCCCAUGCUCCCGGGCAGCACCACACUGUAGCCCCAGCACUGCCAGGGCCCUGCUCAUAAGGCAUCCUCACAGGAAAAAUACUGCAUUCUCCCCCGUUUAACCAUUAUGGGGCAAAUUGUGGGUAUCGCUACGAAGAGCUCGGACUCUCAAAAGGCCCUUCCACGGCUGGAAAUUGGUGUUAAUUUGAGAAGGAGAAAAAGGUGGUGGUUGGGUGGCACCUGCCUCUGGCUGGCACGACCCGGGAGGGUGUGUUUGGUGUGUCCCAGAGGGAGCAGGGACGGUGGCUCCCGGGGGGCACCCCCUGGAGCAGCAGGAGGUGGAGCCCCCACCGACCCCCCGGCCUGGGGGGGCUCACCCCCUCUCCCAGGGAACUCUUAGGGUACGUGAGCAGCGUGGUACGUGAGUCUCUUUGUUAAAUAAUACAAAAAAGGGAUCUUUUACAGAACUAUAGCGUCGGCUUUUUAAAAGGUAUCUGGCGAUUGUUUUAUGUGAAUAGAAAACUAACGUUUGAUUUCUUUUUUUUUUUUUUUCUUCCACUCUUACCAAUCUCCAUUAACAUGUCUUAAUUUUCUGGCUGAAGACUCAGUGUACUAGGCACACAAAUGAGCAAAUUUGGGUUUUGUUGCAAUUGGCAAACACUGGGCUGCUAAGAACAAAACAAUAUUUAAAAAGAAAGGAUUUUACACCUUGCCUAUGUUUUCCCUCUUAGUCGUUAGAGAUGUUUUAUGACUAUUUUUUGCUUUCUCUAAAUUAUUUAGAUGGUGGUACUUGUAAAAUGCUGGGUAAAAUGUACAUACUUGUUAUCUCUUCUGUUUUUGUAUAUAUUUCCCAAGAUGUGCACUUGUAUUAUAAUAACCAUUCCCAAUUUUAGGGGAAAUUUGUGCAAUAAAUACAGUAUGUCCAUUUACUUCUGGUA